UGUUCCAGUCACAUACUGCUGGUUCACUACUCCGUGUCCAUGGGUGAGCAGGAAGUGAAGCAAACCUAGAGAGGAACUUCACAUACCCUUCCAUGAGCGUCAAAAACCAGCAUUGCCACGGCUGCCUACCCAGCAGACCUGCCUCCGAGAGCCAGAGGGAUGGUGGUAGUUACGGGGCAGAACAAAGUGAGUGGAAACCCGGAUGAUGCCAUGUCGAGCUCGGAUGCAGAGGAUGAUUUCCAAGAGCCAGCCACUCCUACUGCAACCCAGGCAGGACAAGCACUACCUCUGCUGCCUCAGCAGUUUCCAGAAGUUGUUCCACUCAACGUAGGAGGCAUGUAUUUUACAACAAGACUGUCGACACUGAGGCGGUACGAGGACACGAUGCUGGCGGCUAUGUUCAGUGGAAGACACUACAUCCCAACAGAUGCUGAAGGCAGAUAUUUUAUUGACAGAGAUGGAACCUACUUUGGAGACAUACUCAACUUUCUACGAUCUGGUGACCUGCCGCCAAGGGAACGUGUGAGGGCAGUUUACAAGGAAGCUCAGUAUUAUUCCAUAGGACCAUUGCUAGACAAUCUAGAGGAUAUCCAGCCUCUGAAAGGAGAAAAAGUUAGACAAGCUUUCCUGGGCCUUAUGCCAUAUUACAAAGAUCAUUUGGAAAGGAUCAUUGAAAUAGCAAAGCUCAGAGCUAUGCAGCGAAAAGCAAGGUUUGCAAAAUUGAAGGUCUGUGUCUUCAAAGAAGAGAUGCCCAUCACUCCCUAUGAAUGCCCACACUUCAAUUCUUUACGUUUUGAAAGGAGUGAGAGUGAGACAAAGCUAUUUGAACAUCAUUGUGAAGUAGACGUAUCUUUUGGGCCCUGGGAGGCUGUGGCUGAUGUAUAUGAUCUUCUGCACUGUAUUGUGACAGACCUGUCUGACAGAGGGAUAACUGUGGAUCAUCAGUGUAUUGGGGUGUGUGAUAAACACCUGAUAAAUCACUAUUACUGCAAGCGUCCUAUCUAUGAAUUUAAGAUUACUUGGUGGUGAGUUAUCUUGUCCAGAACAGUGCAGGGGAUAAAAGGACUUCUAGAUGACAAUUGCUUUUAAUAUUUUUGCAACGUGUCUCUGGAAAUGCAUUGCUGCUAACAUGUAUUGGAAUCAGUCUGCUGAAACGUUGGCUGAUGCUUAGCUGCUCAGCAUAAGGGAAAACCUGGUACAGAGGCUGGAAAACCUCUGCAAUCUUGAAAAACCAGCCUGAAACAAGACUCUUGGCUCAGGUACCUUAACGAGGCACAAAACAAAAUCACCUCAUGGAAGUUACAGAGUGGAGCAUCUAACAUCUUCUAUAAGGUGGCACCUUCCAUGUGGCUUUAGUAUCAGAAUCUGCAAAACGGAUGUUGCAGCUCUCACCUGCAUUGUUAUAAAGUGGGGGUGCUAAGAAUGCUGACAUAAGGGGGUUGAAUUUUACCCACUUAGAAAUGUUUUAGUCACUUCUUAAACUUGCCACUUCCUAAAAUCGAGUAACACCCAGCACAGAGAUUCUGGAAAUGUAAUUUUGAUGUAAUAGAUCAUUAAAAAAAGCAAAAAGAAAGGAGCAUUCCCUAUAUAGUAUUAACUGUUGUAAUGAUUAAGCUAUAUUUCUUUUUUAAUUAAAAAUUGCGUUGUGACUUAUAACAUUAUAUUUCAAUUAUUUCCAUUGUUAUAAGAAGGAAUAGCAGAUUUGGAAUAUAUUCCUUAAUGCUUUUAGGAAUAAUAACUGUUCAUGAAAGACUUGUGCCUGUUUUUAGCCUUAGAAAUUCUAAAUGUUUACAGUAUCUACAAAAAAAAAAAAGCUCUUUAGAAUCAGGUCAUUUACAAAGGCUUUUGGUAAAUGAGAAAACCCUAUGUGUAUGUUCCUAUUAGCAGAAGUAAGAGGAAUAUUUAAUGUAUGUUAUUUUAUUACUGACUCUUUUUACAUUCUGUGAUAUUAAACUUUGGUCUAGAGUUAGAGUUAAGUGAUGAUACUAGACAAGUGCUUUCUUCACCUCACCUUCUCCAGGCAAUUAAGUCUCAUUUUUAACAUUCUUGUUGACCCUUCCUGGUAUAAUAUCAGGAAAAACAAUUUCAUAACCUUCAUAUUCAAAUAAUUCUCCAAUUAUAAACCAAUAUAUCUGUGUAGUAAAUGUCUUUCCACACUGAAGGAGGCAGACGCUGCAGAAUCAUGUUCUUUUCCAAAGGUAAUAGUUGCACUUCUGACAUUAGUAACCACAUUCCAAGGCUGAAUUGUUUUAUGUCCAAAACUGAGAGGGAGAACUAAACAUCUGAAGAUAUAACUGUUGUGUGAGGGACAGAAAAUUAAGUACUUCUCCAAAAGACCCCAUGUGAAGUAGCCUCAAAGUAAUCUUAAGGAGAGGGAAAAUAAAUGUGUGUGUAUUGCAUUCCAUUGGAUUAGCUGAUCCAAUAAUAUUGCUUAAUUAAGCUUUUGACCAAAACACUUAAGAAACAUGUUAAUUAGGAUUAUUCUUAAAAUUACCUCAGGUAACUGAGAAUUUUAAUAAUUGUAAAAACUUCAUGAUCAAAUUGUCUUGCAAAAAAAGAGGCAACUUUUUUGCAUUGUCACACUUGUAUUUAUGCGAUUUAGGAGGUUUUAGUGAUGUGCCUCUCUGAGGUGGGGGCAUCCAGCUCUGAUGAUCUCUUUUCACAUGUUUACUUACAGAGGAUCAUAGCCAAGUGCUGAGGUUCAAGGCCAGAGCUUAGAUUUUGAAAUGGAAGGAGGGAGGAAAUCAUGUGCAUUUGGAUCUUCAUUUAAGCUCAUUUCAGUUGUUUUCUUAAAUGUUGGCCAUGUGUUACAAUGUGUUGGACUUGUGUUUGACAGCCCAAAAUUAAAAGUCAAAUGAGACUACUUAAGAUAUGUAAGUUCAGGAUUUACAGUACCAGUUUAUAUAAAGGUUACAAUGAGAACUGCAGAGUUACUGGGUUAAUCAGUACCCAUAUAUGUAUUUCCAUGGGACAUAAGUCUGGUUUGAAUUUCAGCACAAAUGGAACAGUGGGAUUUAACUGUAUGUUUUUAGUUUGGCUGUAAGACUUCUGCUGUUACUCUAGAGAAGCUAUGAUGGCAAAAUCCCUGUUUUGAUCAUGUUUGCUAUUUCUUAAUAUAAACAAACUGAUAUUUUAUAACAUUCUCUUGUUUAUUGCUUAAAUAGAUAAGGAAGACUAACUAAAAAGACAAUCUUAGUUUGUAUCACUUGCAUCUCAUUUGAUGCUUUCAUCCUUCAGAUCCUCCAGAAGACAGCAAACUUUAAGUGCAAUAUUGAAAGAGAAAGCAGGGAUUUGAGCCAACAUGCUUUCAUUAAACAUGUACAUUCUGUGUUGUGACUUGUGCAGGUUAACAGUAUUGUUACUGACUACACUCCUUCUAAGCAGUCUUUGUUUACAAUGAUUUAGCUGAUGUUGCCUAAUGUGGAUUCAUGUUUUGGCAGAAACAGAAGAGUUGGGCAGGCAGAUGUCAGGGAGUUCAAUCUAAUAACUGGUUUAUUAUUGACUUACCUUUUCUUGGCGUGUAGCAUAACUUUUGAAUUCUGCAUUUGCGACAGAAAUGUGAGUAGCUGAUUUACUAAAUCCGUGUUUAAGAUGACUGGUGUUUUUGUAUAUCGUGGAUGCUUUAUAAUUGUCUAAUUAAACUAAAUGCCUAUGUAA